AUGGCUAUUACAAUUAAUAUAAAAUCGGGUCAGAAUAAGUGGGAGGUGAAGAUAGAACCCUCUAGUACUGUUGCAGAAUUAAAAGAAGAGAUCCAUAAUGCAUCGGGCAUUGCAGCUGAAAACCAGAGGCUAAUCUAUUCAGGAAAAAUCUUGAAGGAUGAUCAGACGGUUGAAUCUUACAAGAUUGUUGACGGACAUGCUGUGCACAUGGUGAAGGCAGGCGGUAAUAAGGGUUCUGCCGGAGCUACGAGUGGUGGAGAAUCAGGUAAUUCCAAUGCUGCCGGGGGUGAGAGAGCUGGAGCGGUCCCCACAAACAUUAGCGCUGGUCAGGCUGGUGGGUUUAAUCCGCUAGCAGAUUUGACAGGAGCCAGGUAUGCAGGGUACGCGAAUCUGCCUUCUACAGAUAUUUUUGGACCGGACGGGGGGCUCAACAGUGCAGUUGGACAGGAGGAAAUACUAAGUAUGUUGGAGAACCCGACGUUCCAGUCGCAGAUGAACGAGAUGCUGAAUAACCCGCAGAUGAUCGACUUUUUGAUACAGCAGCAUCCACAUUUGCAGGCCAUGGGACCUGCAGCACGUGAGAUGUUGCAGAGUCCUCUUUUCAGACAGAUGAUGACGAACCCAGAUAUGAUCAGACAGAUGUCGCGUAUGCAGAUGGACAUGGGCGGUGGUGCUGAUGCUGGCGGGGACUUUCCUGCUCCGGGCUCUGGUGCUGCUUCUGGUGGCAACGAGUCUCAGCAACAGCACAACUCGGGUUCCAAUGCUGCGGCGGGAGCCAAUAACAUGGCCAACCCAUUUGCAUCGCUGCUGAACGCGCAGUCCAAUCCAUUUGCAGCUAUGUUUGCGCCUCCAGGAGGAAAUACACGCUCAACCGACGGCCAACAACAGGGUCGCGGGCUCGGCCUUCCACCUUUGGACCCCGCUAUGCUAUCUGCGAUGUUUGGAGGAGCUGGAGCAACUCCUCCAGCAGCCAGAGAGCAGGAUAACAGGCCCCCAGAGGAACGUUACGAGCAGCAAUUAAGGCAGUUGAAUGAUAUGGGUUUCUUUGAUUUUGAUAGAAACGUCGCCGCACUGAGACGCUCAGGAGGCUCUGUUGCAGGUGCUCUGGACGCAUUACUAAACGGGGAUGUCUAA